UAUUCACACAAUUAACUGGUUUUGGCUUAUUCAGUGAAUGACGCCCAAUCGCCCAAUCUGUGAUGGUACUUCUUACCCCCGUUCUCUGCAGCUGCAAAUGCACUUACAAGGGUCUCACAACCCAUCAUUCACGGGUGACGGUUGACAACCACAUCAUCAUCUGAAGUGGCAAUAGUUCUCACCACCAGCAUUCCGAACACUCCCACGAAUAUGCGCCUGUAUCGAUAGCAUCGCCAACCCGCCCGGCCACAACUAUCAGAUGGCAGACACGAACGACCUACCUCUCGUAACGCUACUACUCCUAUUCACCGCCUGUUUUGUCUCCGCCUUCAUCGUGCUACAAGUCGCAACGACGUACACCAGCGCAUACCUCGCUGCUCCCAAUGAAAUCACGACAUUCAUCGAUGCGGUUGACUUCUCCAUCCAAGAGAACGAAUCUUACGAUAGGGAUGUGGCGAAGGUCCAGCGGCUCGAGGACAAGCUGCGGAUGGGGAAGUUGUUGAGGGAGAUACAGAAAUGUGGUGAUGACCUUAGGGAAGAUCUGAACGGACUAUUGAUUGAUGAAGGAGGGACGAGAUUAAGGUCCAGUACAAGGUUAUUGUGGGCAUCGAAGAGAAAAAGAUUGGAGGAGAGUGUGAGGAGACUCGAUCUACUGCGAAUGAGGUUCUUGGUAGUAUACAUGGGCCUUGUAGCUGCGAAGAGUACUUCUGAACAUCACGGUUCGGCCAAGGACCCUGAAAAACACCAUCAAAAGGUAUCGGUACGACCCACGUUGCCGCAUGCUUUGACCGAAGGCAUCCAGAGGAAACCGCCACUUCGACGACUCACCACGCAAGCCAUGGGCCAUGGGGAUAACGUUGGAAGCCCCCAGCGGCAAGGAUGGGCUGGAGUCGUGGCAGAGUUACAGAGAUCUCCGUUGAUGCACAAGAGGCAUGCUUCCAUCGAAUCAUCCAUGGCCAGUCCCAGAUGAAACACCGUCCACGUGAGAUUAUUCGGCCACGCAUCAGAUCGAUCCAAUCAAUCUGUAAUCGAAUCAGCCAAAUAUUACAUCAAUACUUGCUACCAUGGCAUAUCCUCCAGGCUCGCCCUUUAUUUACAGCCCUCUCAACAAAGCCACGGCCCCAACUCGAACCACAUCACCAUUCCCAAACUCAAGAAUCACGAAGCCACGACACCCACGGCCAAGUUCACGACCUCGAUCCCGCAUUGCUGGAGUACUGCCGUCACAAUCAUCACAUAGAAACAUAGAAAGGAAGGGAGGUGUACGCCAUAUGGGAGUUUUCUAGCACUCGCACUUGCAUUCGGCGUUUACGCCCAGCCAUUUUGCUGAAUUUGGUUGAUUUAGUUAAGAGAUACCCCUGUCCAGCUCGGCGUCGAUACAUUAUAU